CCCCCCCCACACCCUCCACUCCAAUUCCAAACAGGCAUGCACACCACCAACCCUUCUCGUCUCCCUCUCUACCUCCAUCUCUCUGGUUUUCUCUUUUUUUGGGCCUCCCCCCACCAGUUAGCUUUUCCUCUCCUCUAAGCAUCCUCUGCCGCCUGUGUUGCUUCGAGCCGCAGAGGCGCCAAGGCAGGCGACAGCAAGCAGCAUCCAUGGAUUAAAGCUGGAGCUCUUAUCUGCAGCAAGUCCGACCAUGCCCCCACCUCACUCCGUCUGUCUGUCUCUCUCUUCUUUCUUUGUAUAGGCGUCUCUCCCUCGCUCCCUCUUUGGCAGGCGACUGCUGGGGGUGUUAUAGGCUCACGGUUAGCCAGGGCGUUAGCCACACACACACACACACACACACUGUCCAUCAAGUCCAUCCAUUUCUUCUCAUCUUUGCAUCUCCCGGUUUCAAUUCAAGGCUCUUGGAGGUAGAGGAAUGCAAAUCUGCAACCAUGAUGGAAGGAUUGAAAAAACGUACCAGGAAGGCCUUUGGUAUACGGAAGAAAGAGAAAGACAAUGACUCAACGGGGUCCCCAGACAGAGAGGGGAGUUCUCAGAGGAAGGCCAAUGGAACCCCAAAUGGAUUCUACGGGGAAAUCGACUGGGAAAGAUAUAACUCUCCUGAGUUGGAUGAAGAGGGUUAUAGCAUCAGACCUGAAGAUGAGGCAAACCAGGGAAAUUUCCCCAAGUCGCAUUUCUUCUCUUCUGAUGAGUCGGAAGAGGAAGAGGACCACAGGAAAAAGUUCAAGAUCAAGAUUAAGCCCCUUCCAUCUGAUCAAGUUGUGGCCGUGCCCUCGUUCGAAGAACUCAAAGCCUCCAUAGGCAACAUUGCUUUAUCCCCUUCUCCUCUGAGACGUAGCCCGGGGUUGAAAAGGAACACCUCCAGUGAAGAGAUUGUCAGACCACGACGUGUUGUUCCCACUGUGGCCCCCACACCUGCUCCUGCACCACAAGCUCCCAGCCGGCAGACGCCAGCCUCUGAAGAAACUAUGAAUUUGUUUGGGCCCCCUUUGGAAACAGCAUUCGCUCCACCACCGCUUCCACCCAAGAAUGUUCCAGCAUCACCCCUGACAACUGACCCUGCCUCUGCAGAAGACAACGAAGCUGAGAAUUCCACAAGAAAGCCAUCCAUAGCCGACUUGGAUCAUCUGUUUGGACCAGAGGAGGCUCCUUCUGCAAAGGAGGAUGCAGGCGACAAGUGGGUGUGCUUCAGUGAGCGGUCUCCUGACUGGCCACCUCUACCGAAGGAACCCGCACCUCCCCUUUCCCUUUCCACACCUCCUCCAGAGGAAGCAGCACCUCCAUUACCAACCUCCCCACCUCCUCCCAAUUCUCCUGCCCCGCCGUUGCCUGGAUCACCACCUCCUUCAGAAGAAACGGCACCUCAUCCCCCUAAACCUCCAUCUCCGAAAGAAGUUCAGCUUUCCCCUCUUGUAAUUUCCCCACUGCCCUCAGAGGAUCCUGCUGCCCUCUCUCAACCGUCUGGGCCUUCUACACACGAAGACCGAAAUCCCCUCUCGCCCGACACUUCGUCACUCCCUUCACCCAAGGAGCAUGUAUCUCCUCUGACUUCAACUCAUCCACCUGUUGAUUCAUCGGCCAGCGUCCCAACAGCUCCCAAAGCAAGCACGGCUCAAUCGGUGACUUCACCUGAUAUGGAAAUAGCAACAUGCUCCAAUCCACCAAUCCAGACAAAGAAUACAGAUGAAACUCCACCCAAGGAGGAUGGAGGUGAAAUUGCCACCCUGCCCAAAGAUUCAAGCCAGGGGAGCCGAACUACGCCUCCACCACCCCCUCCCCCAACGUACCGGGCGGUGGUCUCAUCACCAGGUCCAACAUCCGGCACGGGUGGUACGAAGAGCGGUUCCUCUUCUCCGGUGCGGCCUACCACUCCUUCACUAGUCAACCCCACUCCUCCUCCUCCUCCACCCCGCCCCCCUUCACGACCCAAACUUCCUCCAGGAAAACCAAAUGUUGGUGAUACUAAUCGUCCAUUUAGUCCACCGGUUCACGGGGCCAGCCCCCCUACGGUUGCGCCGUUGGCUCGGGCAGAGAGCACCUCCUCCAUCUCCUCUACCAACUCCCUGAGUGCUGCCACGACUCCCACCGUCAGUAAAGACCUCUCCGUGUCAGAAGAUGAUGCUUAUGUUGACAAGCUGCCUUCAUUUGGGAGACAUUUUGAUUCAUUUGCAGAGAAUGACCAGCCAUCCCUUGUAUGGUUUGACAGAGGGAAGUUUUAUUUAACCUUUGAAGGCUGCUCCAGAGGGCCGAGUCCUCUUACCAUGGGGGCUCAAGACACGCUUCCUGUGGCCGCCGCAUUCACCGAGACAGUCAAUGCCUUCUUUAAAGGGGCUGACCCCAGCAAAUGUGUUGUGAAGAUCAUAGGUGAGAUGGUUUUGUCCUUUCCAGCGGGGAUCACACGGCACUUUGCCAAUAACCCGUCCCCCGCUGUGCUAACCUUCAGCAUAACCAACUUCAAUCGACUGGAGCAUGUGCUGCCUAACCCCCAGCUGCUCUGCUGUGACACCGCCACACAAGCGAAGGCUGAUGCCAAGGACUUCUGGGUGAAUAUGCCAAACCUGAUAGCUCAUUUAAAGAAGGUAUCCGAGCAGAAGCCCCAGGCAACGUACUAUAAUGUCGAUAUGCUGAAGUAUCAGGUAUGCGUGCAGGGUCAUGUGUCCACUCCCAUGAAUCUGGCUGUGAGCUGGCGCUGCGAACCCACAAGCACAGACCUGAGGAUAGACUACAAAUAUAACGGCGAGGCCAUGUCAACGCCGAUGGCGCUCAACAAUGUCCAGUUUCUAGUCCCGGUGGAUGGAGGUGUUUCCAAACUCCAAGCUGUGUUACCUCCCGCUGCAUGGAACGCAGAGCAGCAAAGAAUCCUGUGGAAGAUUCCGGAUAUCUCUCAAAAAUCAGAAAAUGGAGGUGUGGGAUCUUUGUUAGCCCGCUUCCAGCUAACUGAAGGUCCGAGUAAACCAGCUCCACUGGCUGUGCAGUUUACAAGUGAGGGCAGUACGUUGUCGGGCUGCGAUAUUGAACUGGCCGGGCCUGGGUAUCGCUUCUCGCUUGUGAAGAAGAGAUUUGCUGCUGGAAAAUACCUGGCAGACAACUAAUCCAAGAACAGCACUGAUGAACAAAUUAAGUCCAGCGGGUGGAGGAAGACCCAGAGGACAGACUCACAUUCUUCAUUCCCUUUGUCAGAGCCCAGGACCACAGGCUACCCAGCAGUAUUGUAAAACGUUCAUCCAGCAUUGUGGAACCAUUUUUAGGUCAUUUAAGAAUGGCAUUCGUAAUAAUUGUAUUAUUAUUUAUUUAUUUAAUGGCAUCUAAACUGCUGCUGUUUUGCUCCUGGACUCUUUCCUUGCUUUUCAAAUCUGCCUCUGGUGAAAGUGUGCUGACAGUUCACUGCAGCUGCCUGACCAGCCAGGUUCUUCUAUGGAUGAGGUGACCGUAAGACUUCUUGACCGGAGUCAUCUUGAAAGUCUGAACAAUUUAAACUUUAAAAUCCAGGGCAACAUACUUAGUACAGAACAAGUUUGUCAGUACUCUAAAAUAUUUUCAGUGUGGGACCUCUCUCCUCAUUGUCUUUUGCCCCCAGGUCCGGUAUUUCCAACGUCUUGUCUUGUCAGUGCGUUUGUGUUAUGAUGUUAACCACACAUCACGUAGAAGUACUCUUCUAACUUGACGGAUAUUAAUGACUCAUCCCCCGGUUCGACAGGGUCCUCGUACUUUGGAUCACAUGAACGCUUUCUUUUCUGAUCAAAAUGCACGGAGCAGUUGAUCCAACUGCUUGUUUAGUUUUUUGCGCUCGUGGAGCUGUUUGGUAGGCAGCUGCAAUGACAAAUCUACUGGUGAUAACAUUUAAAAAAAAAAAAAAAAAACAUGUUUUCCCUUAAGAAGAAUUAAGUGUACAAAGUGUCAUUUAAAAAUCAAUAAUAUAUAUCUUUAAGGGCGUUUGGUGUUUUCUUUCUAUUGUCUUAGAGCCUUUCUAUUGUUCCCGAGACAGCAGUGUUAACUCCAGAUUACAUAACAGCAUUUUAUUUUUUUCAUGAUUUGUUGUAUAAAAUGUGAUUCUGUAUAUCCGAUUUUUGAAUGGUAUCACACAACUCUGUACCCUUACAGCUAUAAAUACUUCAGCUAUUUUUGUUUUUUUAAAUCUGUGAAGUUGAGUAACGUGUACAGUAUAACGUAUAUUUUUGGAUUUAUUUCAGAUAUAAUUUUUUAAUUCAAGUGCAACAGAAGCUCUGAGAUAUAUAUGUGUGUGUAUAUAAUGUCUGGGUGGGGUCAGGUAACAUAAAGCGAUAACUCUCAUCCAGGAUGCUAUGUUUUGCUUUGUGAAAGCAGUGUUAAUGUACAGUAGAUUCACAUUCAUGCUGGAGAUGAACUGAUGAGGAUGAUGGAUCCGCAACAUCCAUUUUCGAACAAACUGUCAAUCGGUAAUCUACUCCAAUAAGAUAUUUUUAUGACAACAAUGGCUUAUAUCCGGUCUGGGGUAGACAGCAUAUUGGUCAAUAAAAGAUAUCUAACCUGAUGAUCAUGGAAAAAUAAAGGGAAGUUAAUACAUCUGCAUUAUGGGUUUUUUUUUUUUUUUUUGGGAGGUUGGGGGGGCAAUAGCUUGACCUUUGACCCUUGACACUACAAGCUUUCUAUGUGCUUUGUCACCUUCCUUGUCCUCCUCAAAUGGGACUUCCCAAAUUGCAUUUCAGGAACCCAGCCUGGUCCUCCCGAGCCCCGCUUGAAUCCAUAGCUUUAUUUUACAUAAUUGUAAUGGUCUCUGUGAGAUGACAUGACAAAGUUGUAGAUGGUUAAGUUGACCAAAAUACUUUCUGUGGUGUGCGUGCGUGCGCGUGUGUGUGUGCGUGCUCUGAUCUUUAACUCUCUGUGAAUGAAAAUAAGGGGAAUAUUUUUAAUGCUGAUUAAAAACUGAAAAAAAAAAUAUUUUAUUGUUAAUCAUUGGGGGAGGGGGGCAAACACUGUGCCGGUAAUGUUUAUCUUCCCAAUCGCUCUUUGCCACGCCUUUUGAACAUGAAGUGCGUAUGUGAGAUGUCACCCAAGCCUGCAGUACCGUCUAUUAUGUCAAUAUUGUGCUAAACACACCCGAACAUGGUCUUGUAAGGUCUGUUGUAGAACCAUAUUUAACUGGGUUUAGAGCAACAAAGCAAACAUCCUGACAUCAAUGUUCCACAACAGUUUUUUUUUAGGCUCAUAUUUUUUGGGUGCGCACAAACAGUUACACAUCCUAUUUGGAUAGAGUUGACAGAAAGUUGUAAGGUUUAUGGUGACUAUCAAAUCCAUCACAGCAGCAGAAUCUUCAGCAUUACUUCUGCUCGCACGUUGGGUUUCAAAUGAAUGCAGGCUGUCAUUUAGCAUUCACCACACUCUUUUAACAUGAAAAUGAAACAAUGUUUUCCAGAGGUUCGUCUCUGUAGUGAAUGUGUCCUGCAGUAAUUCAUCAUUGCUUGUAGAGCAUGCAGAAAAAAAAAAUCAGGGCAGCCUUGACUUCCAGAUCCUUCGGAAAUAACGUGUUGUGUUAUGUACUCGAUCACCUGUAUUAAUGUCGACAACAGUUUGGGGUUUUUUUUUUUUUGUUUUGUUUUGUUUUUUUGCGUGCUGUGAGUACGAAUGAUGUACAUCAAGACGUGCAAGCGCAACGCUAAAGUGGAAACUUAGUUUGCUUCCUUCCAAAACCAAUAAA